AUGGCGGCGGCGGCGGCCUUGUGGCGGCGGUGGCCUGGCUGCUGCUGCCAUUGCGCCCAAGCGCUGCCCGGGCCUUGGAGGAGCCUGGCCUGGGCUGGAGGCAGGAAGAGAGCCGCCGAGGAGGAGGAGGCGGCGGCGGCUGAGGGGGGGAAGGCGCCGCAGACAUCAGAUUUUCUGAAGGGAAGUUUAUCUUUAUCCUUUCCACGAAAGCACAGUAUAUUUUCACGAUUUCAUCACACAACAGUGAGAACGCACAGCUGUGGUAAAGUGGUCAGUGAUGAAAAAUACAGAGAUCCUUUUAAACUCGGAAGGAAAGAUUUGAAAAAUCUCUAUGAAGAUAUUCGAAAGGAAUUACAGGCAUCUACUACAGAGCUUAGAGAAAUGUGUGAAUAUUAUUUUGACGGAAAAGGGAAGGCUUUUCGACCAAUGAUUGUGGUGCUAAUGGCUAGAGCGUGCAAUUUUCAUCAUAAUAGUUCUGGGGAGGUGCAAGCCAACCAGCGUUCUAUAGCUGUAAUUGCAGAAAUGAUUCAUACAGCUAGUCUGGUUCAUGAUGACGUAAUUGACGAUGCAAAUUCACGAAGAGGAAAAAUGACAGUUAAUCAGGUCUGGGGGGAAAGGAAGGCAGUCCUAGCUGGCGAUUUUAUCCUUGCUGUAGCAUCUGUAGCUUUAGCACGUAUUGGAAAUGCCACCAUUGUUUCUGUGCUAACACAGGUUAUUGAGGAUCUAGUGCGUGGUGAAUUUCUUCAGCUGGGUUCCAAAGAAAAUGAAAAUGAGAGAUUUGCUCACUACCUCGAGAAAACCUUUAAGAAGACGGCAAGUCUUAUAGCAAACAGCUGUAAAGCAGUUUCUAUUCUAGCCUGCCCUGAUCCAAAAGUUCAUGAAAUUGCAUACCAAUAUGGAAAAAAUAUUGGAAUAGCAUUUCAGCUGAUAGAUGAUGUGCUGGAUUUUACAUCGUGUUCUCAGCAGUUAGGGAAGCCAACUUCAGCAGAUCUUAAGCUUGGAAUAGCCACCGGUCCUGUCUUAUUUGCCUGUCAGCAGUUUCCAGAAAUUAAUGCAAUGAUAAUGAGGCGAUUCAGUUUGCCAGGAGAUAUCCAACGUGCCCAGGAAUAUGUUUUACAGAGCGGAGGUAUACAACAGACAACCUACCUCGCCCAACGCUACUGCCAUGAAGCAGUCAGAGAGAUCAGCAAGCUCAGACCAUCCCCUGAAAGAGAUGCCCUUGUUCAGCUGGCAGAAAUUGUACUCUCCCGAGACAAAUGAUACAUCACCUUCCAUUCAUUCUGGCAGCUAAUUUACCAGACUGUGCCUAAAACUACAGUUGCAGAACAUCUUGGCUUGCUUCCAGAACUGUAACCAUUUUUUUAAAAAGCAGUUAUCCUCACUGAAAGAAAUAUAACUAGGAUUUAUAUGAAGUAAAAAUGUUUUAUUGAAGGAAGCCAUACAAAAUGAUGAAACAUGAUCUGUUAAACUGGUAGCAAUGCCCUGUGCCUGUGUGUUGUUUUUUUAUGAGGAGGGUUCUUGUUUCACGUGGGCACUGUUUACAUAGUUCUGUAUUGACACUGAAGGCCACAAUGAAUAAAUACAAUCAAUGUGUUGAAAA